AGCCUCAGGAACAUCCCUGUGGGGGGAAGAAAAAGAGACAAGGGCUUUUCUUUUACGUCAAAUGGCCUUAGAGAGUUGGCGCUGUUAAAGUUCGCUGCCACACAUGUCAAAGACGUUGUUUGCAAAGGCCAGAGUUAAGGUGGAGAUCUUUUGAGCGGCUCUUCUCCAGGUUGUGCUGAAGUGCUGUGAAGACCACUGAGGACCCCCGUUCUCUUCAGACUGCAUUCACAGCACCUGUUGUCGGACAGACAGAAGGCAGGAGGAUGAAUUUGGUAUGCGCUCAGCUGGUUUUUGCUGUCACCUUGUGGACAGCAGGAGCAGAAGCAGGAGUAGUGGCGGUGAGCAACGGGACAGCUCUGCUUCAGGCCGGACAGCUCUCCAUGGAGGCCGAACUGAGGAACAGCAGCGACGGCAGCACAGUUCGAGCCCGACGGAGACGCUUUAUCUCCGGCAAAGACAUGACGGCUCUACUGGACUACCACAACCGCGUGCGCUCACAGGUCUUCCCACCGGCGGCAAACAUGGAAUAUAUGGUGUGGGAUGAAAGACUGGCUAAAUCCGCAGAGUCCUGGGCCUCUCAGUGCAUAUGGGAACACGGGCCACAUUAUUUUUUGCAACACAUUGGACAGAACCUGUCGAUUAUCUCUGGAAGAUACAAAUCGAUUAUCGAUCUGAUAAAAUCCUGGUAUGAUGAGAGACACUCUUUUUCUUAUCCCAGUAGAUGCAGUGGCUCUGUAUGCACACACUACACACAGAUGGUGUGGGCUGCAAGUAAUAAGAUCGGGUGUGCUAUCAAAAAGUGUUCAGACAUCUUUGUUUUUGGGAGUAUGUGGAAACAAGCCACCUUACUGGUUUGCAACUAUGCUAUCAAGGGAAACUGGGUAGGAGAAGCUCCAUAUAAAAUAGGAAGACCCUGCUCCGCGUGUCCCUCCAACUAUGGAGGAUCAUGCAAUAAAAACCAGUGUGACUCCAGACCAAAAUCCCGAAGAAACACAAGUGGCUUUAGAGGCUUUAAGCAAUAAAAACAAAUAUCUUUAAGUAAAGGACAUAUUUUAAAAAAACGUAUCAAAACUCUUACAUAAUAGAAACCACUAAAAUGUUCAUUUCACAAUGUUUUCAUUUGAAAAAGGAAUGACAUUGAAUUAAUAUCUCGAAUUGAUCAAAUGUGUGAAUGGUGAAAUGCAUUUCCUGUUGUUGUGUUGAUCAUAGUGUCAUAGUAUUUUGUAUUUUUAUAAAUGUAUGUUAUUUGUUGUUUCUUAAGGUUACGGGCUCUUUGCACUGUUUUAUCAUUUGAUUGUACUAAGUUGCAUCGCAGCGACAAUUCACAUUGAGAGUUAAGCACUUUCUUUUAUUAUUAUCGUCUUGUUUUUUUUGUACAGGUAAUAAAUCUUCUUUUGAUGAAAAAA